AUGCUCAUUGGGGUCUGCGGUGGUAUCUGCUCCGGCAAAAAGACGGUGGCUCAGUAUCUGGUCGAGCACCAUGGCUUCAAACAUCUCUACCUGCAGCCAUCAUCACCGUCGAUGGCAUCUUCCAAUUCAUUCCCGGACGGCACCUCGGCCCCCUCCGAGGACCACAGGCCGGAGUCGCCGUCCCAGUCAUCAGUCCCCGGGGCAUUCAAAGGCGCUCUGACCUCGACCGCGCUCACCACCAAGAAUGGCACCAGCUCUUCCUCUGAGACCACGCUGACCCUCAGGGCUGGUCCUCAGCACACCUUCUCCACGCCCGAGGAGCUUCUCGACUUUGUCACCAGGCGCUGGCGGAGCCGUUUCGUCACCACCGACAUCCCUACCGAGGCGGUUCUCGACGUCUUUGUGCGCCGGCCCUUCUUCCUGCUCCUCUCCGUCGAUGCCCCGUUGACGGUCCGCUGGCGUCGCUUCCAGCAGCGGGCCAGGCAGAGGAACGCGGAGGGACCGGUCAUGAGUCUGGAAGAUUUCGUGGCGGAGAGCGAUGCCCACUUGUACGAUCCCAAGACAGGGCUAUCGCCGCUCAUCUCCCGAGCUGUUGUGAGGUUGCUCAACACAUCGUCAUCCCUCGCGCACUUGUAUGCCACCCUAGGCAAGCUGGAUAUUCCAAACCCUGAUCGCCUGCGACCAUGCUGGGAUACCUACUUUAUGGAGUUGGCAUCCCUGGCAGCUCAGCGCUCCAACUGCAUGAAGCGCAGGGUCGGGUGCGUGCUUGUGGGCAAGGAGCGCAGGGUCAUCAGCACGGGCUAUAAUGGGACUCCAAGGGGACUGCUCAACUGCGCUGAGGGAGGCUGUCCCCGGUGCAAUGAGGGCAGCAGCUCGGGCGUGGGACUAUCGACCUGCUUGUGCAUCCACGCCGAAGAGAACGCCCUCCUCGAAGCGGGACGGGAGAGGAUCCGGGAGGGGUCUGUCUUGUACUGCGACACGUGUCCCUGCCUUACGUGCAGCAUCAAGAUAUGCCAGGUGGGCAUCAGCGAGGUCGUCUACGCCCAUGGGUAUAGCAUGGACAACGAGACUGCCCGUGUGUUUAGGGAGGCGGGCGUAAAGCUGAGACAGUUCAUACCAGCUGAUUCAGAUCUAGCCACCAAACGGUCUCAUCCAUCUCGAGAAGAUGGAGCUUUAUUAGAUCGCCGGUAUCUCGACCACAUCACAUCACCUCACCUCUCCCCUGUUGUGCCUCUGUGCGGGGAACCUUGGAGGAAGUAA